GCUGUGGCAGGGAACGGAAAGCCGGAAGUAGUCACAUGAUACAGGAAACGGUCGCCGCAGUCCAACCGCUGUAAAUUGUGCUGAUCGACCCAGUGUUCCCGUCUAACUCAGGCCACCAUGUCUCGUGCCCGUCAGCCCCCGCUGGUCACGGGCAUCUCGCCCAAGGAGGGUGCGGCUUGGACCAAAGUCACCAUCCGCGGAGAGAACCUGGGCACGGGCCCAGCCGACCUCAUCGGUCUGUCGAUCUGCGGCCAUAACUGCCUGCUGACAGCCGAGUGGAUGUCAGCCAGCAAGAUAGUGUGCCGCGUGGGUCCAGCCAAAGACGACAAGGGAGAGAUCAUUGUCACCACCAAGUCCGGGGGUCUCGGCACCUCCACAGUCUCAUUCAAACUGCUCAGGCCAGAGAGGAUUGGUAUCCUGGACCAGUCUGCUGUGUGGGUGGAUGAGAUGAACUACUACGACAUGCGGACCGACCGCAACAAAGGCAUCUCCCCCCUCUCCCUGCGGCCCAGCAAUCCACUGGGCAUCGAUAUAGACAAAGGCAAAAUCCCACAGAAAGACAUGGAGCUGACAUUUCCAGGAAUGAGUGGAGACUUCACCAGUGAGAACUUUUCUGCCACCUGGUACCUCAUAGAAAACCACACAGGCUCCAGUUUUGAGCAGUUGAAGAUUGGGGCCAAUAAUCUGAAGAAGCAGGCUACUAAGAAGAAUGAGGGGAGUCUGGCCUAUGUGAAAGGAGGCCUCAGUACGUUCUUUGAGGCCCAGGACGCUCUGGCAGCGAUCCACCAGAGGCUGGAGUCGGAUGGUACAGAGAGAGUGGAGGGAUCGAUGACCCAACGACUAGAAAACAUCCUCAACAGAGCGAGUAAUACUGCAGACACUCUUUUCCAGGAGGUCUUGGGGCGGAAAGACAAAGCUGACUCCACACGCAAUGCACUCAACGUCCUGCAACGUUUCAAGUUUCUCUUUAACCUGCCACUCAACAUUGAACGCAAUAUCCAAAAGGGUGAUUACGAUGUGGUCAUCAAUGACUACGAGAAAGCCAAAUCUCUCUUUGGCAAUACAGAAGUCCCUGUUUUCAAAAAAGUGUAUGCUGAGGUUGAGACGCGGAUCUCGGCUCUGAGGAGUCUCCUAUUGGAGAAACUGCUGCAGACCCCGUCAACGCUGCACGACCAGAAGAGAUACAUCAGGUACCUGUCUGACCUGCACGCUCCGGGCGACCCAGCAUGGCAGUGCAUCUACGCUCAGCACAAGUGGAUCUUGCAGCUGAUGCAAAGCUGCAGGGAGGAGUUCAUCAGUGGCCAGAGAGUGGGUGUCUGCGCUCUGGACCCAGAGGGGGAUACCCGUCCGUCGGCCCUCGGCAGGCUCAGCCAUACGGCGUCUCUGAAGAGAGGGGGCAGCCUGCGAACACCACGACCCAGCACCUGGCGCUUUGAAACCCCGCAGCAGGUGCAGUUUGUGGAGAAGCUGUCAGAUGUGGUGAUCGGUCAGUUGCCCAACUUCUGGAAGCUUUGGAUCUCAUAUGUUAAUGGAAGUCUUUUCAGUGAGACUGGAGAGAAAUCUGGGCAGGUGGAAAAAUCCAAGAAGAAUGCCAGACAGAGACAGAAUGACUUUAAAAAAAUGAUCGAGGAGAUGACCAACCGGCUGGUGAAGCUGGUUCGCGGGGCUCUCCUCCCCACCACCCUGCCCCACGGGGAGCUGAGUUUCUACGGAGGCUGGGAGAACAAGACGGAGCUCACUGGAGCCUGGCUCACACAAAUCAUACACACCGUCAGGGCUUGUCACGAGGCUCUGUCUGCUCUGGAGAUCCCAAACGAUUUGCUGCAGGUGAUCCAGGAUCUGCUGCUGGAGCUGAGAGUUCACUGCCUCAUGGUGACUCUGCUGCACGCUACCGAAGAUGUCAAGAGGCUCGCCGAGAAGGAGGACUGGGUCGUGGAUAAUGAGGGAAUCACCAGCCUGCCUUCACAGUUUGAACAGUGCGUUGUCCAGAUGCUGCAGUCACUCAAAGAGCCCCUGGAGAUCAAACCUGGAGAAAUGAAUGUGCUGCAGUUGGACCAGGUCCAGGACCAGGCCACAGAGCUCAGUAUGGGCAUCAUGAAGGUUUUCAUAAACUCCUUGGAGCAUCUGAGCACUAAAACUGAUGCAGACAUUAAUGUACCUCACAACAUUUCAGUGGACCUGUGCUCCCCAGAUCGGUUUACUGCAGUUCACGAGGGCUUCAGUCCAACAUCUGAGCAGCGUCUACUGAUCAUCCUCAGUAACUGCCAAUACCUGGAGAGACGCACCUUCCUGAACCUGGCCAAUCACUUUGAGAAACACGGCCUCACGGGGACCGAGAAAAUAACACGGGUGAGUGUGGACGCGGUUCGAGAGCUGGAUAGAAAACUCUUUGAGGCCUACAUCGAGAGACGAGCUGACCCGAUCGCAGGCUCUCUGGAGCCCGGCAUCUGCGCUGGAUACUUUGACUGGAGAGACUGUCAAUCACCUACAGGUGUAAGGAACUACCUGAAGGAAGCUCUGGUCAACAUCAUCACAGUUCACGCCGAGGUCUUCACAGUGUCUAAGGACCUGGUCCCUCGGGUUUUGUCUCGAAUUGUUGAGUCAGUUGCGGACGAGAUGUGUCGUCUUAUGCAAUGUGUGUCCUCCUUCAGCAAGAACGGAGCGCUGCAGGCUCGACUUGAACUCUGUGCUCUGAGAGACGCCAUAGCCGCUUACCUAAACUCUGAAAGCAACGCCAGCUUCAAACUGGCUUUGGACGCCCUUCCUCAGCUACACAGCGGAGCCGAUAAGAAGUUAUUGGAAGAGCUGUUGAACAAGUUUAAAAGCAGCAUGCAGCUCCAGCUCACCUGCUUCCAGCCCUCCUGCAUCCAGCCUGUCAAGAGAUAAACGUCAUCCACUCUAACCUACCACUAUACUGCACUCUUUGUUUCUUAUCUAUGCGCAAUCAGCAAAUGAACCGUACCCGUAUCCUUUCAGUUAUCGCCUCACUUGCUAACUCAUCGCUGUUUUUUAGUGUCACUUUCAACUUCUGCUUCACCAGAUUGGGCACAAAUGUCUGUUUAUCUAAUCUCAAAGCCACUAAAUGAGUUGAUUUCAUUGUUACUGUGUAGGGCAGUCCCAGUUAUGUUGGUUAUGCUAAUCACACACGGCCACUCAUGUAGCUUACAGGCAGUGUGCAAGUGGCUAACUGGAAUAGCUGCUGUCAGACUGAAAUAUCUGUCUUUAUCAAGAUUUAAAGUUGGUGCUGAUGCUUUGUACUGUGCCAUCUCUGCUGCCCAAUAAAGUAAGAAACAUACUGUUUAAA